CGAUUUGCCAGAAAUCACGAUUCGGUGCGAGGGCAAAUUUUGUGAGGAGUUGAUGACACCAAUCUGGAUUCGUUUGUUAAGGAUCUUUCCUGAAACGAAGGAUAUCGGGCUUCUCAUUUAAGUUCACAAGAAUACGACUAUACAAAUUGGCAAGCUUCCCUUUUCGACGAGACCAGAGCAACAGUACUACUCCAGAGUCGUCUCCAGAAAGAAUAUUACAAUAUUCCAAGAACUUUGCUUUGUUUGAGAGAGAAGGGCUUCUCCAAGGAAACCCUAGUUCUUCGAAGAUGGAACGAUCAAUCUCUGUGCUAACUUUUAAGGGCUCAAUUUCUGAAGCAAUUAUUGAAGCAAAAAGGCAGAAGAAACUUUUCGUGGUCUAUACUUCAGGGGAAGAUGAUGAUUCAAAACUUCUUGAACAAACUACAUGGAUGGACUUGAAUGUGGGAGAAUCAAUAUCCAAGUUCUGUAUUUUCUUGCACAUCUUACAAGGAAGUCCUGAUGCAUUGCACUUUUCUGCAAUUUAUCCACAGAAAUCAUUUCCUUGCAUAACAGUUGUUGGAUACAAUGGUUUACAGCUAUGGCAGCAUGAGGGCUAUAUCAGUGCUGAAGCUCUGGCUUCCAGAAUAGAAAAAGCAUGGUUGAGUUUACAAAUGCAGGAAGCAACUGCAACAGUCCUCACUGCAGCACUUGCAUCAAAGAAAGCUGAGUCACUGAGUUUUAGUUCUUUGAAUGCGUCUUCAUCUGACCAAGGAACUUCUUCAAGCAUCAAUGAUCAUUUUCCAUCAAUAGACCAAACUCUCCAUGAUACAGAGACUAAGAUUUUAGUUGCUCCUGAUUUAUUGCCAAAAACUGGGGAUAAUGAGCCCCAAUUAGAGAUGGCAGGUGAAGUUUCUGUAGAGCACCCAACCCAUGCUAGUAUGUUGGAGAAGGGUAAGGAUAAACUGCCAGAUCCACUCAAAAGUGGAGAUCGUGACCCACAACUGAAGAUAGAGAAUGAAGGCAGUACGGAGCAGUUAAUGCAUGCUAAUAAAUUGGAAAAUGGUAAAGAUGAACUAUCAGCUCCACUGCAUGAAACAACUCCAGAAUUACAUUGUCCUGUGACUCAUCUGAGCAAUGUUGAAGUUGACACUAGUUCUUUCAGUUCUGUUGAUGAAUAUUCUGCACCUCAUGUCGUUGUGGAUGAUCAUGGUUCUGGAUUUUCACAAGAAAACUCAACUAUGAUUAUAAAGGAAGCAGGAAGAAGUGUACAAGAUGGGAACAAUGGUGAUUUGGGUAACUCAGGUGUCGGUAAACCAAGAGAUGUUAAUCUAAACAUUAAAUUGCCUGAUGGUGGGAGCCUUCAAGAGAAAUUUUCUGUGACAGACACUUUACAACUGGUGAAAGACUUUGUGAAUGAGAACCAUACUGGUGGGAUUGGAUCUUAUGAUUUAGCAGUUCCUUAUCCAAGGAAGGUAUUCACUGAACAUGAUUUGAUAAAAUCACUGUCAGAACUAGGACUCUUCAACCGACAAGCAUUAAUACUUGUUCCACAUAAUAAAGCUACCGGGAGCAACGACAGAAAUUAUUCUAGUGACACUGAUCAUUCAAGUGAAUCUAGUGGUGGAUAUUAUGGAUUUGUCAAGCGAGUAUUGUCUUUCCUAAAUCCAUUCUCCUACCUUGGUAGUACUGCCAGUGGGUUAAAUUCCCAACAAGAAUCUAAUGCUGGAUUAUGGCAAUAUCGUCCCAACCCUACCUAUCAGAGUCACUUACCAGAGAGACAGUACAACUUGUACUCACCAAAUCGUGGCACCAAUUCAACUGAAGGAAAUUCCAGCAAGAGCAAGAGAUCAACAGCAUCCCGGAUUGGAAGCAAUAUCCAUACACUGAAACGUGAUGAAGACGUUAACCCAUUCAAGGACAGAAAUGCCUUCUGGAAUGGGAAUUCCACACAAUAUGGUAAUAACGGUGACAACUGACUAGGAAUAAUAUCCAAUAUAAUCAUAUCCUUUAAUUUAUUAAGAUCUGAUCUUUGAAUCUGAGCCUAUUGGUCGGUUGACAAUGUUCUCAUGGCUGAUGUCCUGAUGGUGCUUAUGAUAUGGAGUUCUUCGUUUCUUUGUUUCACUCUAAUAUUUCAAGCUUUGCUAUUAGAAAGCGCACUUAUUGUAAAUUUAGUAAUAAGAUGAUGCUAUAUGAUACAGGGUUGGUACUGGUAGUAUCUUAGUUUCGCUAUUUGAUAAUGGACAUUUUGUAAAUUUAAUAAUAAGAUGUCACGUUUUAAUAUCCCAAGCUUAUGAGUUAUGGUAA